AUGAGCGGUCUCAUGGCUAAGCGGCCCGCAGCCAGCAACACGGCGCUGGCUACGGCAGAAGCACCAGAGAUCCCCUAUGUCGAUUGGAAGAAGUCGCCCGGCCUGAGGAAGCUGUACUUCUACGCUGCUGUCAUUUGCGUUGCCUCUGCGACGACUGGCUACGAUGAGCUCAAGUUCAACACCAUGCAAAUCCUCCCAGCAUGGCGAGACCAAUUCGACGAUCCCCACGGCAGCUCGCUCGGUCGUCUGUCCGCGAUGUACUCAAUCGGUUCCAUCGCCUCCCUUCCAAUUGCACCCUUCGUUUCCGACAGAUUCGGCCGCAAGAUGUCCAUCAUCAUUGGCUGCGUCAUCAUGGUGAUUGCUGCUGCCGUCCAGACCUCCGCCACAGCCCAGCCCCAAUUCGAGGGCGGACGCUUUUUUAUGGGUUUCGGGAAUUCUCUGGCUCAGCUCUCAUCGCCGUUGCUCCUUGCAGAGAUCUGCCACCCUCAGCACCGCGCUCGUGUCACGGCAAUCUACAACUACCGCGCCGACGAAGCCCUCAACAUGCUCGGCAAGUACCAUGCCGAUGGCAAUGUCCACGACCCAACCGUGCAGUUCGAGUACGCGGAGAUCAAGGAGACCAUCCGUCUUGAGUUCCUCUAUCGCAAGUCCUCUCGAUAUGUCGACUUCCUCAAGACCAAAGGCAACCGUUAUCGCCUCGCGAUCAUUGUCUCCCUCGGUCUCUUCUCACAGUGGUCGGGCAAUGGGAUCCUCUCAUAUUACUCCAACAUCAUCUACGACUCGGUCGGGAUCACCUCCACUACCUCCAAACUCGGCCUCGACGCCGGCAACAAGGUAAUGUCGCUCCUCGUCUCGAUCACCUGCGCUCUGCUGGUCGACAGAGUCGGCCGUCGUCCCCUCUUCAUCGCAGCCACCGCCGGCAUGUUCCUAUUCUUCCUUGCUCUCACCAUCACCGGAAGCCAAUACUCCCGCAACCCAUCCAAUGGCACCGGUAUUCUCGCGGUCGUCUGGAUCUGGCUGCACGGUGUGGCUUACAUGUUUGCGUGGUCUGGCCUUCUGGUCGCCUACACUGUCGAAGUGCUGCCCUUCAAGCUCCGUGCUAAGGGUCUUACGAUCAUGAACGUCGCCGUUCAGGUGGCGCUUGUGGUGAACCAAUAUGUCAAUCCCUUGGCCAUUGGGGAGGGCUCGCCGUGGAAGAAUGACGGUUGGAAGCUGUAUUGCAUCUACACCGUGUGGAUCUUCUUGGAGCUGAUCUGGGUGUAUUUUGGCUACCCCGAGACUCGUGGUCCGACUCUCGAGGAAAUUGCAAAGAUCUUCGACGGUGACGCGGCUGAGGUGGGUACCACUGGAGGCAAGGACAUGGAGGGCAUUCGCAUGGACUCGGCUCCACAGCAUGGUGAAGAAAAGCGUAAUGCUCAUGCUCACGAGAAUGAGCGUGUGUAA